AUGCCGCCCGUCGUUCGCUGGAGCAUCAUUGGCGGUGGCACCACGGGAGGCAUUCUGGUGCGAGACGGGGAGAGCACGAAAUCCGAGCAGACAGGUCGACUUGGCACUGGCGCAGUGGUGGAGCAGCUGAAGUUGAAGGGAGACCGUUUGCAGUAUCAGCUCGUCUCGGGUGAAGGUCCAUCAGAGGGCUGGGUCAGCGUGACGUUGCAGGGCAAGCCCUUAGCCGUGGAGUUGCGCGAAGCGUCCAACGGCGCUGUCAACGGCGCUGUCAAUGGCGCUGCCAACGGCGCUGCCAACGGCGAUGCGGCAAAGGAGAAGGAAGAAAAAACCUUGCAAGACACUGCUGAUGAUGCAGCCAGGAGGGAACGUUGGGCCACCUGGAGUCCCUUGAGCGCUGCCGACUGGCCGAGCUUCCCGCGCUUCGGGGAUGGUGGGCGGCCUUUGAACUUGAGCUCAUUCAAGAAGGUGGUCCAUGAGCAGGCACCUGGGGAGUUCUGGGGCUUGGAGAUGCCCUUGACGCCCAAGCAACUGGAAGAGAUGGGCCCGGAUUGGCUGACGAAGGCCCUCCACCGUGCUAAGACCUUGCCUGAGGACAACCGCAUCGUGAAGUUCACCCAGUUCGAGACCAAAGCGGCGGCCACCACGGAGAAGACCGCCACGGAGGACUCCAGCUGGGGCGGUGCUGCCGUGAAGAUUCUGCUGGGCGUGGAAUAUCAACGUCCGCCGCAGGGCGACGAACCCAGCACGGAGAUGUUCGUGAAGAUGCCGCACGAGUUCACCGGAAAGAACGAACGCUUCAAGGUCUCGGUGACUCUGAACGGUGACUGGGCAGAGACGAUGUUCUACAACAUGCUCAGCGGGAAGCUGCCGAUCAAAACGCCACGGAUCUACUUCAGCGACAUGAACCGAAGGACCACCAACUUCAUUUGGGUCAUGGAGCGGAUCCCCUACGGAAGCGACUGGGAUAAGCCACUGGCCGUCGGCGAUUUCUUGCCACCCGCGGGAAAGUAUCGCGAUUGGGCCUUGGGCAAAACUGCAGAGGAGAUGUACUACGCGCAUUGCAAGUGCUUGGCACGCUUCUCCGGGUGGUAUUACCAUACGGCCAAGCUGACCCAGCAAGUGGACCAAUGCUUUGCUCCUCCCGAACUGCGGGAGGCGAAGAAGGUUCUGCAUGCGAAGAUGGCCUCGAAGAGCCUCAAGGAGCGCGAUGAGUUUUUCUUGCAGUGUCUAGCUGACCCGGCCAUGAAGCCGUUGGUGAGCUCCAUGGGCAUUCCACCUGAGGCCGCCGUGCCCUUCCUCACCAUGGGCGAGGAGUUUCUCAGGAAGAUAGCGCCCCAGGCCUUCCCCGAGAAGCUCAUGGAGAAAGCAAGCCUUGACAGAUGCAUGAAGGAGGCCUAUGAGAUGGUCCGCUACGCGCAGGAGAUUGGUUUCUACCAAUUUCUGAUCCCCGAGUAUUGCUGCCUGGCGCACCCCAACGCGCAGAUUGACAACGCGAUGUUUUGGAAGGGCCAGUCGGGAUUAGAGGCGGGGAUCAUCGAUUGGGGAGGCGCCUCCUUCGCGCCCCUCUCCAUGACUUUGGGAGGUGCUUGGUUGGGCGCCGAACCCAGCUUCCUGCUCCAACACGAGGAGAAGCUGCUUCAGUGCUUUGCGGACGAGUACCACGAGGUGACUGGGGUGAAUCUGGACCGAAAGCUUCUGUGGCAGAACUACAAGAUCUGCCAGGCAGGCGGGAUCGCUGGUUGCUGUGCCAACGUGCAGUGGUGCUUAAGGCUCAUGGACAAAAGCACCUGGAAGACGAUCCCCAAUCGCUUUGACAAGCGUAUAGACGACACCUUCCUGCUACGGUGUUACUUCGUUCAAGUGGAGCUCAUCCUGGCCUUGUUGCACGAACGAAGUCCAUACCCUGCCUUCAAAGAGUGGAUCAAGCGCGUGGGUCUCAAGGCCAAAACCUGA